UUUUAGUCGGGAUUUUAUUUCGUCACUACUACUCUCCCUGUUCGCCACUUUACCGCAACAACUGAAAACAAGAACUUCGCCGGCUGCAUUCAAGUUCAGUGUGAUAUUUUGCAUCCCUUCUUUAGCACAUGAAAAUAGAUUUCAUUCGAGUUCAGAGCUACUGAAAAUGGUGAAAAUCAUUUUACCGGGGUCUAAGAAAAGGCACGAACCGCCUGAAAUAUUGGAGGGUCAACCCCAGAAAAAGCGGAAGAUGGAUCACGGUGUUAGGAUUGAGUGCGUAAAGAUUCUCAAAACAUUGAUGGCCCAUAAAUUUGGACCAGUUUUUAAUCAACCCGUGGAUCCUGUUGAGCUGGGCAUUCCUGAUUAUUUCUUGAUAAUCUCUCAUCCUAUGGAUUUGGGGACAAUUCGUAAGAAAUUGGAGGAUGAUACUUAUUCUUCUUCAGAAGCAUUUGCUGCUGACAUCAGGCUCACAUUUUCCAAUGCUAUGCGAUAUAAUCCUCCUAAUAACUGUGUUCAUUUGAUGGCAAAAGAGAUGAAUGAUCUUUUUGAUAAAAGUUGGCGAUCUUUAGAGGCAAAGUUGAUAAAACUGAGCAAAAAUGGCGGAGAACAGGGUCACCAUAGUUUACCGGCUAAGAUUUCAACACAAGGUUGCAGGGCUGUUAAACAAAUUGGUGUCCAAAAUAGCAGACCAAAGAUUCCGCUAGACACAAUCAAGCUACCAUCCAAGACUUCCGAAAGCAAAACCGCUAGAAAACAGGGUCUUAAUGGUGGUGUUAAAGCCAAGAAAACGGAAGAUACAAGCAAGGCUUCAACAUGUUCUGAGGAGAAACCUCCCAUAUCUUGUGAGGAAAAGGCGAGGCUCAAGAAGGAGCUUAUGGUGGCAUUAAGAGGUGACUUAAGUGGACCAAUGCGUGGUUUUCUUCGGAAAUAUGGUUUGAUUUACUCGAGAAAAGAGAAAAUCGAGAGUGUUUUUGGUUCGUUUGGUGACGACACUUUAUGGGAGUUGAAACGAGUCGUGAAAUGUUCUUUGGCUACGAGUACGGAGAAGGGCAAGGACGAUUAUGUAAAAACUCAACAGAUGAAGGAAAUAUCAGAAAGAAAAAAACUUGAAGAGAAGUCAAAUAUUGAGUCUCGAAUCAGAGCUGCUCGAGCUGCUAAAGAAGCCAUUCUCGAGAACGCAAGGUCUGAUUUGCAAAUGAGACGCGAUAGAGAAAGAGAGAGAGUAGAAAAGAUGGAAAGAACAGUAACCAUGGAUGACAAUCUAACGGUUCUAAGGGAGCUCGAGAAACUGUGCCAAUAUUCAGGGAUUAAAAACCCGUUGGAGAAACUCGGACUACGGUUGAAGGACGAGUACUAUUACGGGUAUGAAUACAUCGACGAUGAUGAUGACGAGGAGUUAGAGGAUGGUGAGAUCUUUUGACAGAAACUGGUGAGUGUGUGUGUGAAGUGGAAAGAAGUUAGGGGGUGUAAAUGACCAUUCUUUUAUCCAUGAUGGAGGAUGUGGUGUUCUUGUAUGUUAAACUGAGUAAAUAUAUAUAUAUAUAUACACUCGAUAUAUGUUGCAGGAUUGGUGGUACAUUAGCAAAUGGUAAAAUUGAGAUGAUGGCGGACUGUUAAAAUUUG